AUGCCCCCGGCACAAGCGCGUCCUGGCUCCCGAGGGCGCCAUUACACUAAGGCGGACGUCUCGAGCAAGAUUUCUGCACUUCUGUCGAUGCCAAACACACCCAGGGCACCCAGGGCCAUGAGGACAAAGACGAUUCUUGAUGGCCUGAACGCCGCGACCGGGAAAGCCGACAUGGCCUACCAGCAUGAAGCAGUUACAGUGACAGAGGAUGGUUUGCAAGACCUACCUCUGGUGGGUGACGUUCUCACCGCGACCACCGAAUCCAAGGCGAGACCUGAGUCGCAAAGCUCGCGGUCAAGGUCAGGGCAGAGGCCUUGCAGCAUGUCCGGCCAGCGUCCGGGAAAGGCUGCCACGGUGAGUAGCGCGGAUACUGGCUUGCCCGCAGUAGCUUCCAAGAAAUCUACGCGGACCAUUGCGGAGGUCGACACCACCCGGUCUGGGUCCUCUGCAAAGCAACAUCAGCUUCGCAGGAGACUGUCCUUCGCGGCGGACACAUUGGAGGAAGUGGCAUGCGCAAUCCGGGAAGAGGAGCCGCAGCUGGACUGGCUGCCAGACUCCUGGGGACGAAUUCUGACCAGCAUGCCUACAGCCGAUUGCAGGUCAAUUUCCAUGCGCUCGCUGCAGAGCUGGGUGGAGGUGUACAACCGCUGGCAGGCUUGUGGUGGCUGGAAUCCCGGCCACGCCCCAGCAGUCAUGGAUGCAUACCAGUUUCAAGAGCUGCUCUCCGUGCCAAUGCCCAAAGUCCUGGAGUGGAUCAGAACCUUCGACCCGGCCGGCUACAUGAAGCUGCAACAGACUCGCGCAGCAUCGGAGUAUCGGAAGGUGAGGGUAUCAAUCCCCGCCUUCCUCACUGCGGCCAUCGCCAUGUCCAGCACUAUCUCCAAGAAGCAAAAGAUUCGCUUCCUCGUCGGCGUCUUCGACGAGAACGACAGUCGAAGCUUUGAGCUGCCUGAGUUCACCGCCAUGAUCUCCUCCUUCCUCUAUGGCGUGGAAUGUAUGUUCGGCAUCGCAAAGCUGUCGGGGUGCUCAAGCAGGCAGAACUUGGGAGACUCGGUGGUGCUUUGGGGAAAGCAGAUAUUCCAAAGGAUCCUAGACGAUGAGCUGAGCAAGGCAGCGUCAGAGGAGCAGAGGUCUAAGUUGGAAGCCGGAUCGGCACCUCUUCCAGCGAUUGAGAACUGGUUUCUGGGGCUGGGGGGAGAUCCCCUCUCGGUUCCUUUUGCACUGUUCCUGGAGCGAUUCUCUGUAAGAGGCCUUGAUGAUGAUCCAGAGAUUUUCGAAAAUGAAGAGCGCAAGUUUCGCUUGUCUCACACGGCCCCGGUAAAUCCGCCAAUGGAGACGGCCGCCUCGCUAGAUUCUGGAUUUCUACGUCGAAGUCAAAUCAGAAUUGUCCGAGAUCUCUUUCGCUAUUGUGCAUCGUCUCGGCACUUCGACAUCUCCCAUGCCGAAGCGGAGCAGGUCUUGGACACGACGAUAGAUGCGGAGUUCUGGAUCGCGAAGCUAUGGCCAGCGCUGGAAGACAUGGAAACACUCUGGCAGAAUGGCGCGAAGUUCAGCCUGGCUUCCUUCCUGAAGAAGAUCAGCCCUCGUGCCUCCGCGCGGCAUCUCCGAAUGUUUCAGAGCUGGCUCAAGGAGCUGGACCAGCUCGAAGGACUGCGAGGGCAGGUUGAUCGGACUCGUCAGUUGGUACGCGAUCAUGCGGACUUUGUCGCUCGCCCGGUGUUGCCAUUGCCCAUUCGCCAAGAGAUGAUCCUGGAUUAUGGCAAAUCUGGGAAGCCGUCGCAGGCCAAAGAUGAUUUCAUUGCCACGAUGUGCCCCAGCGAAUACCGCCCGAAGGAAGGCAACCCAGCCGUGGACAGCGUUGUCGGUGAGUUCCUGGCCCUGCAGCUCACCAGGGAAGAAGAAGUCCUAGCUCAGAAAGAGGCUCUCUUUGCCUACGAGAAGGCUCCGGCAGCGAUAGUGACCAAGUCCUUCCUCAAGUUGCAGGUUCCGGAGACUUCUUGGAGGCUCUGGGAAAGAGCUUUUGACUUGCUCGACCUAGACGGUGCCGGCCUCUUGACUAGAGACAAACUUGCUGGCUCCUACCAGAUCCCAUAUGAAGUCUGCAACUGGAUCUGUCAGCAGAUGGGGAGCGUGGACUUGGACACAGCUGACAGGGUCAGCUUUAGCUUUGACAAAGGGGCCUUCAUGAAGAAGAUGGCUGAUCUCAGCAAUCGCUGCUUCAAGCUGGCCAGCAAGGAGUGA